AUGUGGAUCUCUACAACAUUGGUGCUAAGCAUUGCGGUAGCCUUCGUGGUUGCUGCCAUCGGCAGUAAUCCUGCCAGACCAGUACUGUUCGGCACUCAGCGAACAUUGCCACCUUUACCAGUCAACAGUGUUAGUGACAGUAGCAACUAUACAGAGUGGCACCUAUUCGAACAACGGCAAAGCCAUUCAAAUGCCCACAGCAUUAACACGUUUUCCAUGCGGUAUGUGAGCAAUACUCAAUUCUACCGACCUGGCGGACCAAUUUUCCUGUUUGUCGGAGGACCAUGGGAGUUGGAGCAUCACUUUGUCGAACAAGGGCACUUUGUGGAUUUGGCGGCAGAGAACGGCGCCUAUCUGGUAGCGAACGAAUUGCGCUACUACGGAGAGAGCUUGCCCGUACCUAACGCAUCCCGAGUCAACCUGCGACUACUCGCAAUUGUUCAAGCUUGCACAGAUCUGGCCCGAUUGAUUGUACAUGUUCGUACUGAAGUAUUGGGUGACCCUGAAGCGAAGGUAAUUCUGGCCGGCGUUGGAUUCUCCGGAACACUGGCACACUGGACGCGGCUUCGAUAUCCUCAUCUUGUUCACGGAGUUUGGGCAUCCGGAGCCAUGCUGCAAGCUAAUGGAAAUUUCAGUGAAUUUGCUGAAGAGAUCGGUGUUUACAUUCGCCGAUAUGGAGGCAAUGACUGCUACGGAGCAAUUUGGACGGGUUUCCGAACCGCCGAAAAUUUGAUCGAUGCAGGGCUUUCCGACAUAGUGGACAAUCUAUUCAAUGUAUGCAGUCCGAUUAAUGCCACCAAUCCACUGGACGUUGAAGCAUUUUUCUACGGUGCUUUCAACGAAAUCGUGUCAAACACUUUGCGUGCCAAUCUUAGAACUAACAUUAUAAACAUGUGCAACUCGUUGACUCAUGCCGAUCAUGAUACUGGCUUGAACGCAUUGGCGAGCUGGAUAACCGGUCGAUAUCCCGAUGCCGAAUGUCUUGCAAUGGAUUUGGAUAGCGUUGUACAAACAUUCCAGGAAACUGAUUGGCAGCAGGAUGUUCUCAAAUCUGGCGAUCGUCAGUGGUUUUACCAGCGGUGUACCGAACUGGGAUGGCCUCUGACGGCGGACUCACAAGACCAGCCAUUUGGUGUUCGAUUUUCUGCAAACCUUUUUAGUCACAUUUGUCAACAAGUUUUUGACGGAUGGCUAACUACGGAUGUUUUCCAAUCACGUAUUAGCCAGACAAAUGUCUUAUAUGGUGGAAACCAGCCAGAAAUUCACGUUUUCUACACCCACGGUGGUCUGGAUCCGUGGAGAUUUGUCGGGGUGACCAGUGUUCCGUACAACAACACCUACGUCAAUGUGAUUAGGGGUGCCCUUCAUGGACAAGACAUGGAAUCAAUCUCCGAGCAGGACUGGGAAGCUCUGAGGCAAAGCAAGGAAGAAGUUCGUGCAGCAAUCCGACGGUGGGUGAAUAGAAGGGUUUGAUUGUUUGAUAUCAACGCAUAGAAUAAGUCGACUUUGCUGGGAACGUGAUUUAAAAAGAUAUAAAUACACAAAGAGAUAUGUCAUUGAACAACUACCGAUUUGCUGCAACU